CUUGUCCUCACCGCGGCAGAUGGGGUUCUUCAAAAGUUUGCAAAUGGCAAUGGUGAUUUCAGCCUAGCUCAUAGCCAAGAUAUCAGAGGAUUGUUGAGCUUGCAUGAUGUGUCACAACUCAAUAUGGGAGAAGCUUCACUCUACAAGGCAAAGGAGUACUCAAGAAAACACCUUAGAUCUACACUGAAUUACUUGGAGCCAAAUCUGGCAAGAUAUGUAAAGCAGUCACUAGACCAUCCCUAUCAUGUCAGCCUGAUGCAGUUCAAGGCCAGGCACCACCUGAGCUACCUCCAGAGCUUGCCCACUAGGAACACUGCAAUUGAGAAGUUGGCAGUUGCAGAGUUUCAGAUUAACAAGUUGCAGCAUCAGAGGGAAAUGCAAGAGGUUAACAGAUGGUGGAUGGAUCUGGGAUUGGCCAAAGAAAUACCGGCUGCAAGGGACCAAGUAGUGAAAUGGUACAUGUGGCCCAUGACUAUCCUCGAGGGUUACUCCUUCUCUAAGUAUCGAAUUGCGAUCACAAAGAUCAUCUCAAUGGUCUACAUUGUGGAUGACAUCUUUGAUCUCGUUGCCACACAAGAGGAGCUCUCCCUCUUUAAUGAGGCAAUCAUAAUGUGGAAUCUUGAAGCUGUUGAUUCACUCCCAAGCUACAUGAUAUCAUGCUACAAGGCUCUUUACAAUAUAACAAAUGAUAUCGCUGACAUGUCCAUGAAAGAGCAUGGACUGAACUCAAUCAAUCAUCUCAAGAAAGCCUGGGCAACUUUGUUUGAUGGAUUCAUGAUUGAGGCAAAAUGGUUGUCUGGUAAUCACGUCCCUGCACGGGAGGACUACCUGAGAAACGGCAUCAUCACCUCAGGAGCACCACUUUUGUUUAUGCAUCUUCUCUUCAUGCUAGGCCAUGAUAUAACGGAGGAAAACAACGACCACAUGUCUCGGAUUAUCUCAUGCCCUGCAAAAAUCAUGAGGCUCUGGGACGACAUGGGCAGUGCAAAGGAUGAAGCGCAAGAAGGGCUUGACGGUUCGUACAAGGAGCUCUACCUAAAAGAGAGCCCUCAUGGGGACGCAGAAGAGCACAUGUUGGAGAUGAUUGCAGGUGAGUGGGAGGGUCUCAACAGGGAGUGCUUCUCCAGGACGAGGUCAUCACUAUCCCCUACCUUCAUUCGAGCGUCACUCAAUUUCGCAAGGAUGGUCAGCGUCAUGUAUGGCUACGACCACGAGCACAGGCUCCCUGUCCUUGAGGAUUACACAAGAAUGCUACUCUUCUGAAUCAUACAUGACCAGUACAUAAACUGUACAAAAGUCUUGUAAUUGUAGUGUAUCCUUGUUGUGGUGUUACAUAUAUUGGAGUUAAUACUAUGAGGGAGGCUAA